GUGUGCCUGCGCGGGUCCGUUGCAACGCAAUUUCUGGACUGACAAAACGGAGAUAAAUGAGGGACAACUGAUCAUUUUCUAUGAAUGAAAGAACGCCAGGAUGUCAGCAGAAAUGUUUCCUAAGGAGAAGACCAUCGAUCUUCGGAAAAAGCACAUUGGUCCAUCAUGUAAGGUGUUCUUCAGCCAUGAUCCCAUCAAGAUUGUGCGGGCCAAAGGCCAGUACAUGUAUGACGAGAAUGGUGUGCGAUACUUGGACUGCAUCAACAACGUUGCACACGUGGGUCACAGUCACCCAAUGGUGGUGAAGGCUGGGGCUGAACAGAUGGAACUACUGAAUACUAACUCACGCUUCCUGCAUGAUAACCUUGUCCAGUACGCCCAGAGGCUGCAGGCUACUCUACCUGAAAAGCUCUCUGUUUGCUACUUUGUCAACUCAGGCUCUGAAGCCAACGACCUGGCACUCAGACUGGCCUGGGAGUACACAGGCCACAAAGACGUCAUAACGUUGGACAAUGCCUAUCACGGCCACGUGUCAUCGCUCAUUAACAUCAGCCCUUAUAAAUUUCACCAGCUGGCCAAUGCAGAGCAGAGCAAAUCUGUUCACGUGGCUCUGAGCCCUGACCUCUACAGAGGCAACUAUAGACAAGACCAUCCAGACCCCGCCACAGCAUAUGCAGAUGACGUCAACAAUCUUAUACAGAAAGCCCAUGAGAAAGGACACAAGGUUGCUGCUUUUAUUGCAGAGUCGCUGCAGAGUUGUGGUGGGCAAGUCAUUCCCCCUGCAGGCUACUUCCAGAAAGUGGCACAACAUGUUCGCCAGGCUGGUGGCCUAUUCAUCGCUGACGAGGUGCAGGUGGGAUUUGGCCGUGUUGGCACCCACUUCUGGGCCUUCCAGCUACAGGGAGAAGACUUUGUGCCUGACAUUGUCACCAUGGGCAAGCCCAUCGGCAACGGGCACCCCAUGUCAUGUGUGGUCACCACAAGAGAGGUAGCAGAGGCCUUCAAGAACUCUGGCAUGGAGUACUUCAACACGUUUGGCGGUAACCCUGUGUCCUGUGCCAUCGGCCUUGCUGUGCUGGACGUGAUUGAGAAAGAGGAUCUCCAAGGCAACGCGCUACGAGUGGGGGGCUACCUGAUGCGACUGCUGGAGCAGCAGAAAGAGAAGCAUCCACUAGUGGGGGAUAUCAGGGGUCGUGGCCUGUUUGUUGGGGCGGAGCUUGUGAGAGAUCGGGUGAAACUGACCCCUGCUACAGCGGAAGCUCAGGACAUCAUUUACAAACUGAAGGAACAACACAUCCUUCUAAGUGCAGAUGGUCCUCAUCGCAAUGUCCUCAAGUUCAAACCACCCAUGUGCUUCUCUGAGGAGGACGCCGACAUGGUCGUGGAAAAGAUUGACCAGAUUCUCACAGACAUUGAGAAGGCGUUGGGGUUACAAAUGCCCUCCACAGUACAUACAGAGAAUGGAAGCCAUAAGAGAAAUGUUCAACCUGAGGAAAACGGAUGUCAUCAUUCAAAUGGAAUAGGCCAUAGCCGUGAUACGUCUCAACAGCAUGCCUCUCAGCAAAACAAAAGGCCUUAAUGGACUUGUGGAGUUUUGCUACUGUCUUAUAAGUCCUGAAUAGUGUGCCCUGCACACUUACAUGUUUCAAUGGAUAAAUGAAGCGACUUCAUCCUCAAACCUAUAAUUACUUUUUGUAAGCAUUUAUAAUAUGUUAGUUACACAUUGAUGUUAUAAUCCUAAUCUCAGGUACUUUGAAAUGUGAUUGGAAAUUUGGCCAGGCAUGUAUAAGGGCCUGCUGUUCCUCUGUAUACAGACAAAUGCAGAUGAACUAGAAACCCAGAUUGACAGUGAGGAACAAACUUAAUGUGCUAAUGUCCAGGAUGUCUUUAGAGUCAUGCAUUGAUCCCUCACUGUGACUUCAUAUUAAAUAGUAAAUGACAAUGAUUACAAAUGCUAACUUUUUCAAAGUAUCAUUAUGAAAUAUAAAGAACAUGCCUACUGAAAAGACUAUAAAGUAGUAUUGGCCAUUGUAAUAUAUAAUAAUAAUAUAAUAAUAUAUGCCAUUUAGGAGACGCUUUUAUCCAAAGCGACUUACAGUCAUGUGUGCAUACAUUCUACGUAUGGGGUGGUCCCGGGGAUCGAACCCACUACCCUGGCGUUACAAGCACCAUGCUCUACCAACUGAGCUACAGAAGGACCAUUGUCAUGUUGUUGCCCACAUUUAGAGGUUCUUCAAUGAAAGCGUUGUUCUACAAAAAUGUCAAAUAAACAAUGCAGACAGAGGGAACGGAAUUGUUUAUCUUUGUGUCUAGCAGCCUCUCGUGUACAUUGAAAGAAAAUGCUGAGGAGCAGAGUUGGCUACACAGAAACCUUGGACAAUACAUGGUACACUGCUAUGCUAAUUGUGGCAAGAACAAGUACCAAAAACACUUAGUUAAUAGCCCUGGCGUUUAUUUGCUUAAAUCACGGAACACAACAGGCGCUUAUUAGAGACAGGCUUCUAUUUUAGCUUUUGCUCAUUUGUAUAGUUAAUUGUUUAAUACCAGCUUUUCUUGUACUAAUAUGUUAUAAUUUGCACACGGUGUCACAUUUCUUUUGUCUUAGUAUGCCUGUAUAAAAUAAAAUACAACUUUUCCUUGACAGGAUAAUCAUUGA